AGAAAAAUAACGUUCUUCCUCUUCCCUUUCCACAAGUGAGAUGUUUUUUGUUUUUGACUCAUUAGAAGAUUAACUGAUUGAGCAUCAUAUUGUGUGUUUUAAGUUCAGAAAUGUUGGCGUUUAAGUCUUUGAGGUUUUCGUGCUCAUCUCGGGCUUUACUUAAGCAGAACUUGCUAAGGACGAGAAGACAGAUUGUUUAUGAUGCAAUGACAUGUUCAGUGCAUUGUAUGCCUACCAGCUGCAACAGGAAGUACACAUGGCGAAGUAACACAAACUUUGUUGCACGGGGAAAGGAUAGUCACCUAAGUUGCUACACUAACCCUGUUAGUUCCCUCAGGAGUUUCUGUACAGCUCAAGACAAACUGAACUGCUGGCAUUGCGAACAACCUCUGGAUAAAUCACCUGCAUUCUUCUGCAUGUCAUGCAAAAUAGUCCAACCCCCCGAAGAAGGGAUAUCAUACUUCAAAAUCAUGGAUUGUAACUACGCAUUCACAGUGGACAUACAAAAGCUGCAGAGAAGAUACUUGCAGCUCCAGCGGUCUCUCCAUCCAGACAACUUCGGCCAAAAAUCUGUGAAAGAACAGGAGUAUUCAGAAAUCCAGUCAGCUCUUGUGAACAAAGCAUACAACACUCUGCUUAAGCCUUUGAGUCGUGGUCUUUAUAUGCUGGAGCUGCAGGGGAUGCGUAUAGAGGAGGGCACUGACUCUGAGGCGGAUUCAGAGUUUCUCAUGGAGCUGAUGGAGAUCAAUGAAGCCCUUGAUGAAGCGAGGACUCCAGAAGAAGCCAACAAGAUUGGCAAAGACACAAAAGGAAAGCUGGCCAAGUUGACAGGGGAGAUAGAUGCCGUCCUCCUUAAAGGAGAGCUUCAAACUGCCAAAGCACUGCUUGCCCAAAUGAAAUACUAUGCAAACAUCGAAGAGAAAGUAAAGGAAAAGCUUUCUGGAUUCAUGUAAUAGGUGUCCUUAUUGUGUCACAAUAUUUCAUAACUUAUUCACUUUUAAAAUGUUUUGCACAACAGAAUAAAAUAUUUUACUUUUGAUUUGUAAUUAUAUUAAUGUAUUGUUCAAGUGAAACAAUAAAAAUUUCCUUGUAAUGUAUUAAACACAACUGAAUUAAUAGUGA